CCCGCCUCCUUGUCGGACUCGGUUGCUGUCUCGCGCCGCUAGCUUACCUCUCGUCUCUCCGGGAAGCCGAAGAACAACUACUCAAAAGUGCCAAACAUGGAAGGCGACAACAUAAUAAUGUCCGCUUGACUCGGGGGGGGGGAGGAAUUUUCCAAGAUGCCAGGUCUUUUGUCUAGUCCUGGGAGUCUGACAGUCAUCUGGUUUUUAUCUUGGUCACUGUGUCUCAGUGGUGCUCAGAUUUGGACCAAUGAAGUUUCGGACGUGCAGUACGGGCGCUUGGACUCUAAUGUGACACUGGCAUGUGGGAAGUCACAAAUUAAUAGGAUACCAGUGGUGUGGCAUCUAGAUGACAGCCCAGCGUUACCAUGGCACGAAGUAACAUCAGAUGGAUCCUUAGUCCUGCUGCACGUCAACCUUUCAGCCCAGGGCAACUACAGCUGCUAUGACAACCAGGGGCUCCUCCUUCACUCCAUCAAACUCAGACUGGGCUAUCCCCCUGGGCUGCUUAUCAUUUCCUGUCAAGUUCCUAAUCACGCUCAUGUUCACUGCUCCUGGGUGGAAUCAAUGAAGACCUUUCUUCCCGUCGAGUACAACGCCUCCCUCAGGGGGACUGGCCCGGAGUGGCAGCCUUGCCUGGUGGACGCAAUCCACAAGUACUGUGAUGUAAAGCCUCCAUCCUUCUGGCAGAUGAUCCACACGCUUAAAAUUACAGCCACCAAUGCCCUUGGGUCUGAGACAACGUCUACCCGAUUAAAGUUAGAUAAGCUCCUGAAACCUGACCCUCCAGAGUCUGUGUCUGUAAAUGAAGUGGAAGGCUAUCCACAGAGGCUGAUUAUCUCAUGGAACUUUCCCUCCUCGUGGCCACAACAUGAUGCUUUCCCACUAGUGUUUCACAUAAGAUACAGGCCACAUGGAUCUCUAUACUGGUCAGAGGUUUACUCUGAAGAGAGUCUAGCUGUGAUUUUUGAUGCCUUGGCUGGCCACCUUCACCAGGUUCAAGUGCGAGCGAGGGACGAACUGGACGCUGAGAGCCAGUGGAGUGACUGGAGUCCUCUGCUUUAUGGCCGGCCCUGGGAAGAUCCCGCCACAUCUGAACCGCCAGAGGAUAAUUUUCCAGACUAUUUUUUUCCCUUCAACACAAAGCCAGAAACCUCAACUUCAAAAUCACAUAAGCCAGUUGUGCCGGAUGACAGUAAUUUGGGAUUGGUGAUUUUGCUGGUUUUGUUUGCCGUGGUUAUCAUAGCCACUGUCCUUUCCCUCAUCUUUGUGAUGUGGGUGAGGCAGAGGCGGCGUGAACAUGUGACCAAACAGGAGCUCACCUCAAUGGUCAAAAUGAAGUCCAUGCCAGUUUGAUGUCAAUGUCAAACAUCAUCUACUCCUCAGCCUGUUCUAGGGCUUGUGUGAAGAUUCAGCAUUCAUGACAGCAUGCUGACCUUCGUAUCCAACUACAAUAAAUGAACCGGAAUCCAUUUAAGAUCUGUGAUGACACAAACAAUCCCACCCAAGUCCCCUUUUAUGAUGAUAUGAUGGAAGACUGUCAGUUGUCACAUCGAUUUACAUUUCCCUUAAUUUCUUUCAGGUUAUUUUGGUAGUCAUCGGUGGUUUUGCUGCACAGUUUCAUGUGUCCGUUUUAACAGACAGACUCAAUGCUGUGAAUAAUAACUUUUAUCUGGCAGCAUUGAAGUGUCAAGCAUAAAUCAAGAGGCCUGAAGAAGGGCAGCUGAGAAAAAGUUGGGCAACUUGAAUUGUAAACACUUCAUGUAUUACACUUUUUUUUUUUUAAUUGCACGGUUAUGUUCCUUUUUUAAAUGCCUCUAUGUACUCAUGCAUCCAUGGAGGGUGUCUAAAAAAAUGGGGAUACAAAGUCGAUAAAGGCCUUUUCACAAACCAUCAGCAUUAUGACAACGGAUACAAAUGUAGGAAAAUGUCAUAGUUAUUUUAGUGAAUCUGUUUAUGCUGAUUCAGAUUAUUCAGUGUAAAGUGCAGUUUAGUGUCUUUUAUCAAACAAACCCAAAACAAUGAUCAUUGACUGAAUUAAUAAUUCUAAAUGUAUCCCUGUUAGUUUUCAGCACUUAAUGUAGCAAGUUAGAAACCUUCAGAGGCGUUAUGUGUUUGAAUGUUGUUACAAAGUAGUUUAAAUUGUAUUUUUAAGGGUUUACGUAUCUGGAAGAGAACAAUCCUUUGGGAAAGUCUUGCCCUGCAAGGAAAUCCCAAAGAUGUUUGUACAAUGCACCUUUGGCUCUAAUAGGCUAAUGGGGUUGAACAAGGAGCCUGUUCUUAUGACAGUUUAGUAGAAUUUUGUAAGAAAGGUUACACAUUGUAAGUAAUGCAAAAUCUGGUUUCUGAGGGCAGCUUUUUUUUUUUAUUUUGAUCAUAAUACAGUGGAGCCUCUAAUUUUGAACAGAAUGUGUACCAAAAGGCUGGUCAACAUCUAAUUUGUUCAAUUUUUAGCAUAAAGAUUAAACACCACUUUGCCUGAAGUCUUGUGUCACUGCAGAAGUUUAUUUUUGUGUCUGUGAAGUACAAAUUUAGAGGUUCCACUGGAAGAUUUGUCCAGUUUGCUACUAAAUUGUCUGACAACACAUUGCAGCUUGCAAGCGCAGCUCACAGAUGACUUUGACACGGGGUUCUUUUUACAUGGCGCACAGACGCUCACAAUCGUUGCUGAUAUGUGACAGACCGUAGUUAGGGAUGUCAUUUUACUUUAUUUUACAAGUAAAAAGGAGGGAGUACUGCCAAGAAAACUUACACUACAGCAAGUAAAGAAGGAUCUAUUGCCUUACAGGUUUUUAAAGAAAAAAAUAAAUAUGCGUUCAGUUCCAAUUCCCUGCUUGACCAGUUUCAUUGUGGCCAUCUGGUCUGGCAAGAUAGUCAAGGACCACAGUGGCCAUGGUUACCUGACAAGAGCCUAUCUUUAUCUCACUACGUUUGGGUCCUAAAACCGUCUUCUUUGGUAAACAGUAAUGACUGGGAGGUCAAUGCUCAUGAAAAGCCCUAAUUACCUCAGUUUGUUAAGUAAUUCUUUCAUUUCUCUCCUGUGUUUGUGUCCUCUGUUGAUUUCGUGUUGGCAUUGUAUUGUGAUCCAAAGCUGUGCAGUCAAUGCCUGAAUGACUGACUGUGUACGAUGCAUCAGGAGCACAAGAUGCAUAGAUGUCAAGCUAGUUGCGGUUUGACGACUGUAUGUUCUCUCAAGCUAGCCCCACAUAAAAUGCACAGGUCCAGUUGAAGCUUUGUUUUUGUGUAUUAUUGUAUAUCACAUGUACGUAUGUAAUGAAACAUUUCCUGAAUGAUUUUUUUUUUCCUUUUGUAAUGUACAUAACCAAUUUAUGACAACACAAGUUAACUCAGUUUUGCGUUGGUGUAAGGUCGUUGUCACUCCAUAGAUAUUAAAAAUGAACCAUUCGUACCUAUAUAUUUAAGGAAUUGAUGAAAAAUAUGUGAACUGAAAAAAAAAAAGAAAAGAAAUUCCAGGUAAGAGCGUCAGAGAACAUCCCUGAGGAUACUUCAUCUAUAUGUUCCCAACAUUGUGUAUUUGUGUUGUCCUGCUCAGUUAUGAAGCUGCUUUGUUAUUUCUUUACUGAUCAUUGCUCGGUCAAACCAAUUGUUUGUCAUUACAUUAUUUGGCAUCAUAAGGUCCUUUACAUUUAUAUUGUUUUUUUUUUAUGACAAUAUACAACACUUUUUUUGCAAGUUUUGUCUGGAGAAGAUAACGUUCGCCCUUUCUAGUUCGAUUUGUCAUAUCAAUAAAUAAUAAAAACAAUUUUUAAAAAGUGGAGGGGAUUGCCCAACUAAACAUUUAAAUUGUUUUGGAACAUUGCCUCAUGCCAUCAUAGAUAUUUUCAUUUGUGUACCCCCAAUUUGCUUAAAUUAUGACCUGCAUCCAUUGUUAAAAGCACACUUUUAUGAAAGUAAAACUGAACUAAAAACACCACACGAAGCCCCUCCCCCCACCCCCCCUUUGCUGUUAGACACAUUUUGUAAUACAAUUACAUUUUCUUUGGGCGAAGUACAGUAUUAGUGACUGUCCAUAAUUCUGUGUGAGCCUUUUUUUUUUUUCUCCAGUGAAACAUUGUUUCCUCUGUAUGUGAUGCCAGAAGGAGCCUGCAUGUUGCUUUUACACUCAGGCAUCCAUCCUCAGAUGUACAUGGUGUGUUUAGUUUUGUUCUUUGCUUCAUGCAUUUGUCAGAUAUCACCAUAAGCUGUUAUUCUCUUCCUGCCCUUGUAUGUUUCUGUAAAAAAAAUAAAACUAUUUUAUCACA